CAUAACAUUUUUCCUCACAUUGGGGAAACAUGAAAUACAUUGCAAAGCCUAGGACAUUAUAAAUUGAAUAAAAUAAUCGUUUUCCACCGUUUUCCACCUAAAGGCUUUAACUAGAUCUAGACUCUUAAGUCUAUUUAUUUUAGUUAAUUUAGUAAAUCUAGUUUUUAAAAUACAUCUAGAUCUUGUCAGAAUCUAGAGAUGCUUCGUUCUCUGACAACUAGACGCACUGUUAGCCUGCUCAAGGCCUCCAUUGAGCAUGUACACAAUGCCACUAGAUACAGAUCAAGCCUUCCUUUCAAUACUGUCAUACUCUUUGUGCCACAGCAAGAAGCAUGGGUUGUCGAACGAUUUGGAAAAUACAACGCAAUUUUAGAACCGGGUUUGAAUUUAAUUUUUCCUAUAAUUGAUACAAUCAAAUAUGUGCAAAGUUUAAAAGAGAUUGCCAUUGAUGUUCCACACCAAGCCGCUAUCACCCUAGAUAAUGUGACACUAACAAUGGAUGCAGUAUUAUAUCUUAAAGUAAUUGAUCCUUAUAAAGCUUCCUAUGGUGUAGAAGAUCCAGAGUAUGCCAUCACACAACUGGCCCAGACAACCAUGAGAUCAGAGAUUGGAAAAAUUGCUUUGGAUACAGUUUUUAGAGAGAGAGAGUCACUCAACAUUGCUAUUGUUGAUGCAAUCAAUGUUGCUUCCAACGCAUGGGGAAUAAAGUGCAUGAGAUAUGAAAUUCGUGACAUGAAACUACCUCAAAAAGUACAAGAAGCCAUGCAGACCCAGGUGGAAGCAGAAAGAAAAAAAAGAGCUGCCAUUUUAGAAUCAGAAGGUAUUAGAGAAGCAGAAAUCAAUGUUGCUGAGGGUAAAAAAAGGUCAAGAAUUUUAAACUCUGAGGCUCACAAAGCUGAAAAAGUAAAUCAAGCAAUAGGUGAAGCUGAAGCUUUGUUAGCCAAAGCAAAAGCCAGAGCCGCAUCAUUAGAAGUUUUGUCUGAAGCCUUAGCUAAAGAGAAUGGUAUGAAUGCAGUAUCUAUGAACAUAGCAGAGCAGUAUGUAGAAGCCUUCAGCCACUUAGCCAAAGAGAGCAACACUGUGCUACUCCCAGCAAACACUGGAGAUGUCUCAUCCAUGGUUACUCAGGCCAUGACUGUAUACAAUAGGUUAUCUAAAGAUAUAAAGCAACAAACAGGAGUUAAGGAGACCAAAACUGAUUCCUCAACACAAUAACAGUCCAGCUCAGUGGUAACAUGUCAAGUGGUCAGGAAUACAAUAGUUGGCAACUGUAUUUUUUAAAUAUUUUUUCUUUCAGUAAAAUAUUUAUAUAUACAAUGUUUUUUUUUCCAGUCUUUUAAAAUUUUAUUUCAGAAGAAAAGAUUUGAGUCAAAUAUUGAAAUUUAUCUUAUAAUGCAGUGUUAAAGAUAAUUUAAAAUGUAAGGCUUAUUUCCCAUGCUAGAUUAAAGUUGUUGCUGUUCUUUACACUUGUUAAUGGCACAAAAUUAGUGUUUUGUAAAUCAUAAGAUGCGAGGAUCAUUUUUUGGUGGGCUGGGUUUCGAUCAAAACAUUUAAAAUAUUUUUUUCUGAUUAAUUUGUAAGACUUUUAAAGUAUGUUAUGAUUAAAAUAAGUGAGUACAAGCUG